AUGCCUGACAAGAUAAAAAAGGGCAGCGGCAAAAAGGGCGACAAGUCGAACCCGUCGAGCGAACCCUCGCCCGCGGUGCGCAAGUGGUACCGCGAGCACGCGCCGAGCUGGCGCAACCAGAGCCCGGGCGCGGCGUGCCAGGGCGACGAGUGGCCGCCGUACUACUUCCUGCAGAAAUCCGACGACGAGUUCAAGCUCGGCGGCGAGGACCCCAGGGGCGGGCGCAUCCGGUUCAUCCCCGCCAAGCACAACGGCGGCGCGGGCAACGUCUGUUGCUUGUUAGGGGAGGGAGAGGCGGAUAGGUAA